CUUUCCUUCCCGCUGCUGGCCGAGCAACGGAUUGCGGCGGCCAUCGAUUCCCUCGGCUUGCCCUGCCGCCCCGGUGCCAGGCACAUCCCCGGUCUCAGUGCUGAGCACAUCCCGGUUCCGGUGCCGGUCCCUGGUCCUGGCCGGGGCAUGUAGGAGGACGCGCGGCCGAAGGUAGCCGGGUAGCACCGCCGCCUGUCGCCUGCAAGGGCGGGCGCAGCCGCCACCGCGGCCCUGUAGCUGUAGGCGUUCCCCGGGGAGACCGGGAAGAGGCACGGCUGCUCCCCGCCUGCCCCCCGCCCGCCACCGGUCCCGCCCGGCUCUCCGUGCCUUUGGCGUGUGCCUGCCCGUGCCGCGGGGCCAUGGAGCGUGCGUUCACGCCGCUGGAAUGCCUCCUGCCCGCCGGGAACCUGAAGUUUUGCCUUCUGAUUCUGAACCAGCCUUUCAACAAAGGUCAUUUCUAUUGUCUGUGGAGCAGAGCUGCCCUGAGAGCUUGUGCUGAUGGAGGUGCCAAUCUUCUCUACCACAUCACAGAAGGGAGCCAGGAAAGCUUCUUGCCUGAUUACAUCAGUGGUGAUUUUGAUUCCAUUCAGCCUGAAGUCAAGGAGUACUACAAGGUCAAGGGAUGUGAGUUAAUUGAGACCAUGAAUCAGGACCUCACCGAUUUCACCAAGUGCCUUCAAAUACUCCAGAAAAAAAUAGAGAAAAAGGGCCUUCAGGUCGAUGUGAUUGUGGCUCUGGGUGGACUUGGAGGACGCUUUGACCAAACAAUGGCAUCGGUGGAAACGCUUUUUCACGCAACAAAUAUCACUCCUUCUCCAGUGAUAGUUAUCCAGGAGUGCUCGCUGAUUUACCUGCUUCAACCUGGCAAGCACAAGCUGCACGUGGACACGGGACUGGAGGGCCCCUGGUGCGGCCUCAUCCCCAUCGGGAACCCCUGCGAGAGUGUGACCACGACGGGCCUCAGGUGGAACCUCACUAACCAGGUGCUGAAGUUUGGAACACUCGUCAGUACUUCUAACACCUAUGACAACUCCGGGAUUGUGAUCAUCGAGACGGACAAACCUUUGCUAUGGACAAUGGCUAUCAAGAGCUAAGAUCAGCUACAGCUACCUUUUCUGAUCUGACACAACUCAAAUUACUACAAAAUUUCACUGAAUUAAGACAGUAAAGCUGCUGCAUGAUGUAAGCAGGCACUGAUUUUCUGUAUUGAAUGAAAAACAAGUCUGAAAUAAAAGUCACUUGAGAUUGAAU